ACUCUUUUAAAACGUAGUCUUUCAGUAAUGAUCAAGCGUUACUAAAAUUUUCAUGAAAAUUCAGUUACUAGUAUAUCAUAUAUAUGACUCAUAUCCAUAUAUAUAUAUAUAUAAUAUAUACGAUUGCCUCACAAGGAAACAAAAAUCCUUCAAAAUUGAACUAACAGUAAAAUUAUACUAUUUCAUGGCGGAAAGAAACUGUAAAUAUAUUGGAAGAAAUGAAGAAAAGACUUCUUAAUUGUUAUAAGGAUUUAAGUGGGAACACCAAAAUGUAUAUUUUAACAGUUUUGCAAAUUAUACUGAAAACUUGAGGUCCUAAAGCAGCGAAAAGAUUACUUGACUUUAUACAGUUUACAGUUAUAUAGUAUAGUAACCGGAUGUUCAACAGACCCACGCACACAGCCCUUAUAUGGGCUGCAGUGAUAAAAGCUGACCUGAUACAUUCCCGAUAGUGGAAAACUUAAGAGACAAUUCAAUAUUUGGUACAGAAACUCCAAAGACAUUGUAACACGGACGGAAUUGCUCAUGUUUCAAAUGUACAAUAUGUUAGUUUUCAGUUUUACAGUACAUAAAUAUAAAAUAAGCCAUAUAUAUAUAUCGAUAAGAACGCAUCUUUUUUUCUUUCAGAAGUAACAUAUUGCUAAGAUUAUAUAUUUUACAUAUAUUCAUUAUUUCACCGACUGUAAACUAAAAUCCGUUUGUGACUCAUCGCAAUCAAUUAUAUUUAUAUAAUUAUGUUAAUAUUUUUAACAUAUAAAGAAUCUAAAACAAAGUGUAAAUGGCCUUCAUAAGGUAGCACUGACAGAGAACCUGUCAAGUAUCAAGAGACAGAACGUUAAGUGAAAAUAGUUGCAUGUUUAUCAAAUGUGGAUAUCUAAACUAUAAAGAAAACAUAGUAUGGAAAGUUUCCAAGGACUUUCUGAUCGUGUGAGGAGAGUUUUCUCAGAGACAGUUCAGCUGGGACUAAAGCCUACGUUAAACGAUCAUAAAGUUCCACAACUUUUCAGGGAACCAGGCGUUAUCAAUGGUUAUAGAAAACCUCACCAACCAUUCCGGUAUUAUCUGAUAAGUCUUUUUCAAAUUCACAAUGAGACUGUCAACGUUUGGACACACAUUGUUGGUUUCUUUGUCAUUUGGUUCGCAAUGGCAGAAUAUUACGAAAAACUUGAUUUCUGGAAUAAUAAACAUUCAUGGGCUAUGUUGGUUCUAGGAUGCUGUGUUUUAAUCGCUUGCUUUGUCAGUUCUUGUGUACAUCUUAUGCAUUCCAAGUCAGAAAAUUGGCAUUACAACGCGUUUAUGAUUGACUACAUCGGUGCUGCACUAUAUGCGUAUGGAUCAGGCGUCAUGGCCUUUUACAUAUGCUCAGACCGAGAGACAUACUAUGUUAUUGAGAAAUAUUACUUUCCAAUUUUAUGGUUUUACUCAUUAUUCAAUUACACUGCUAUGUGCUUCGCAAAGGUUUACUAUGGUUCUGAUACCCACAAUAGGAAUAGGAAAUUGAUAAUGGUGGCUGCGAUGGCUGGUCAUGCGAUAUUGCUUACGAUACCAAUGGGACCAAGAUAUAUUAAAUGCUAUAUGGAUGAGACCUGUAGUCUUUCAUCGUUAAAUCACCUAACUAUUUGUUAUAUUCUUUUUGCGCUUCAAGCCUUUUUCUUUGCGAGUCAUCUUCCGGAGGUUUUGAUCCCAGGAAAAUUCGAUAUUCUUGGACAAGGACACCAGAUAUUUCACGUGCUCUCGACCAUUUGCCAAUGCGCACAAUUCAAUGGAAUAUACCACGAAAUACACACAGGUCACGCCGCUCACGGUGACCCUGAUCUCACACACUUAAUAUUUUCUACAAUUAUGUUGAUAAUUCUUCAGGUUGUUGUCAUGCAGUUUAUGCGAAAGAUGAUUCCAGUCAAAUCAACUAAAUCCUGCUAGAAUUGCAUUUCGCCGGUGGUUCUAGAUUAGCCGUCAACGACUUCUAAAACGACUGUUUUACUUCAUCACAUUAUAGAGAAGCGUUUCACGGGCCAGACAAUGUAGUUAAUAGAGAUCGAAUGUUGAUGCGAUGUUUUUCUAUCUUUGAAGGGUUUUUUUUUUCGCUUCUUAUGUUUUCAAUUUAAUUUUUAAACGGGUUUACUAUAUCUUUAAAAUUUGCUUGGUUGGGUACGUUCAACUGAAAUGGGAAACAAAAAAUGUGACAAAAAGAUGUACUGAAUGCUUUUUUUUUUAAUCUAAAUGGUUGAAUGCCAAAUUGUACAAGUGUAUAUAAAAGUAAGCUAAUAGGUUGAUCAGGAAAUGUUAGUAUUUUUUCAUGUUUUUGUGCAGUUGUUAUUCAAUUUGUACAGGAAAACAAAUAUAUAUAUAUUUUUUCAAUGUUACGAAUGUUCAGUGUAAACCACGUAAAGAAUGAAUGUAUUUUUAGAAAUUAAAUGAUGUCUAUUGUA